UUCGUUAUUUACCGUCAGGAAAAAGUAAAUAAUCAGUACAAACGGUUUUUAUGGUACGAAUUAUAGUUUAAGCUAAUUUAGUAUAAGUUCAUAAUCAAAACUAAGCCUGUUGUCGCUUGUGUUGCAAAAAUAUCCAGGACCAAAUAAUCAACAAAUCAGUGCAGGAUGGCGACUAGGGAGCAGGGGCACGGGGACUUGGCGGAGAGACAGGCGAAGCUGGACUCCAAGUACGACAUAGAAGUGGAGCAGCAGGUGAGAGUGUGGAUGGAGAUGGUCACUGGGGAACCCAUAGUGCCAGAGAUGCCACAGGACGUGUUGUUGGGUCCGGAGGCAUUCCAGGCGGCCUUGAAGGACGGAAUGUAUCUGUGCCAUCUGAUGAAUGCAAUUGUGCCUGGCAGCUGCAAACCCAAGAAGAGCAAGAUCGCCUUCAUGCAGAUGGAGAACAUAGGCCAGUUCCUGACUGCGUGUGAGAAGUAUGGGGUGAAGACUGUGGACAUGUUCCAGACUGUGGAUCUAUAUGAUAACACCAACUUCGGAGCUGUCAUCCAGACCAUCCUAGCACUAG